GGACUGAAGAAGACGGACGGCUGGGGAGCACAGCAGCCCUGGGACUGUGAAUAAGACCGUAAACAGCUGUGUUUUUAUUUCUAAAACUUAGACCGGCAACUUUUAAACAAUAGUCUUCUGCGUUUUAGAUGUUUUCGUGUUUUUUUUAAAUGCUUUUUGGGGUUCUUGCUUGAUAUUUGCUGUGUAUUUUUCCCCCACUGCGCUCAUAAUGGCGAGCUCGGCUAACUCGAACCAAGUGCCUAAACUGUAUAGAUCGGUGAUGGAUGAUGUUAUUAAUGAAGUCCGUGAGCUUUUCCUGGAUGAGGGAGUGGAUGAACAGGUCCUAAUGGAGCUUAAAACGCUAUGGGAGAAUAAGUUGAUGCAGUCUAAGGCGGUGGAAGGUUUUCACACAGAGGAGCAGCAGCAGGCUCAACGGCAGGUCCAACAAACUCAGCAGACACAGCAACAAACCCAACCACAGCAAGUGCUCCUGCCCCCAGCACAGCAGGUUCCUCAGCAGCAGGUCAUUGUUCAGGAUCCCAAGCUUAUCCAGCACAUGAACGCAACUGGAAUGAGCGCAGCAGCCACAGCGGCAACAUUGGCAUUGCCCACAGGUGUAACACCAUUUCAGCAACUUAUCACCCCUCAGGGUCAGAUCCUGCAGGUGGUCCGAGCUGCCAAUGGGACUCAAUACAUCAUUCAACCUCAACAGCAGAUGUUGUUGCAGCCGCAGGUCCUGCCACAGAUGCAGCCUGGAGGAGUGCAGGCCCCUGUCAUACAGCAGGUGUUAACACCUCUUCAGGGGGGCAUUCCUCAGCAGGGUGGAGUUAUCAUUCAACCACAGCAUAUUGUUCUCACAGGAAAUAAAGUCCAGCAGAACACUCAGGUCAUGCAGGCAGCGGCCAUGACUGCACAGCCCGGACAGGGAGCUGCACAAGUGCAGGCUCAAGCGCAGCCCGCACAACAGGAACGGCAACAACAGGCUGCCCAACCUACCAUGAUAUCCCAGGUGGAUGGUACAGGAGACACAUCCUCAGAAGAAGAUGAUGAGGAGGAUGAGUAUGAUGAGGACGAUGAUGAAGAUAAGGAGAAAGAUGGUGGAGAGGAUGGACAGGUGGAGGAGGAGCCAUUAAACAGUGGAGAUGAUGUUAGCGACGGAGAAGACCAAGAGCUGUUCGACACCGAGAAUGUGGUUGUUUGCCAGUAUGACAAGAUUCACAGAAGUAAGAACAAAUGGAAAUUUCACCUGAAAGAUGGAAUAAUGAAUCUGAAUGGACGGGAUUACGUGUUCUCCAAAGCCAUUGGCGAUGCAGAGUGGUAAAGGGCAAAGAUCAAAACCCAAAACUGUCCACUGUCAAGGCAAGACACAUCGAGACCUGAAACUGUACAUUUCAAGUGAAAUCUUCUCUGAUCGGCAACUGAAGUGUCUCAAUGCUACUGUGCUGUUUGAAUGAUAUCUGCACAAAAUUAUGUGCCAUACAAUUGUUAUUUUUUUAAGAUGUCCCUUUCUCUCACUGGAGUCCUUAGCCUUUUAUUUACAAAAAUAAUAUUUUCCCCCUCAGAUGUAUGAAAGUGUAUUUGGUGCAGGGAGCCAAUUGUAGCGCCUAGCGCUAACCGAAAGGUCAUUUCUGGUGUGUUAGGAUGGCCUUUUUAAUGCAGUUUUAAGUGUUUGUUGGUGAUUUCCGUAGCAAAGUCAAUUUAAAGCAUUUUGUCCAAUGUCGAGACCUUUCAACCCAUACAAACACUAAUGCAACCAAGAACUGUGUACCAGUUGUUUUCUUUGAAAUUUGCUGUGUUUUUAGACCUUUGUGUGUUUAACGGCAGAGAUACCAAUGAACAGACAAGAUAAGUGUAAUGUUAAUUCCACUGAAUGUGUUCUUGUGUCUAGGAUUAUAUUUUCUAACUACUCUGGUUAAAGAUCCGCUCCGUGUAUAUGGUGCAGGUUUGGGCCGUGAAUCGCAGAUCUUGUAUUCUUCUAAAUCCUGUGUGUAUGUGCUUGCGUGCAGUUACUGCAUUAGAUGUUGAUGAAGCGCUCGGUCAGGCUUCCCACUUUAAUUAUGGUCAGGUUUAUUUUACACAUUUGUUGAUCGUAUUUAUUCCUGAAGCUCAGGCAGCGUCAUGUUUUGGGGGAUGAAACCGAACUGUGCUCUUAUGAAAGAAGUGCUCCUUUCAAGUCUGCUGGGGAGGAUUUCAGCAUUGCAAAUAUUCCCACCCCCUCCAUAAGAAGUGUGUUUAGUCUGAGCUUUAAUCCUUUCCCUUACAGUCAGAUUUUUUCUUCCUGUUUGUGUGUCCAUAUGUUCAACAAUUCAGAGUGCUGUUAUUCUGAAAGAAUUCUAAAUGUUGAUACUAAAAUUGUUUUAGUUCUGAACAGCUUGUCUUUUUGGCUCCGUGUCAGUUUGGAAACAUUUUAGUGUUGUUAAUUUUUUAUGCUCCUUUGUUUUUGUGCCUUUCAGAUUUAUUUUAGACAGCAGGUCUUAAAAGUCCUCUUUGUCUGAAAAGAGGAGAGCGUUUUUAACAAAUCCUAUGGAGUGUAAAUUUCACUUUGCUUUUUUAUGCAGCUUACCAGUACUUCUGAACUACUGUCUGGGUUAUGUGAGGGAAUUUACUGUGUUCAUGGCUUCAUAUACUGUUUUACCAAAAUGUUCUGUCACUGAUUCGCAUCUCUAUGAAGGCUGUUUUAUCUAAGUAGAGAUCUUUAGCCGUUUUAAAUCCAUUAAAGAUUUUUUUUGCCUUUGCUGAAUUUUAUUAAAGCACUAUUAAAAUUUGACUUAUUCUUGA